CAGAUGAUUGAUCAGACACUUCAUAGCUGGGUCCGAUCACAAUGAACGUGCUUAGGUCGAUUUUACUGCUGAGUUUCUUGGCUAUUUGCCUGGCCCCGAAGCAAACCGAUGCACAGGCCAUAAUUAACCCCCAAUGGAGCAAGCUGAGCAAGUGCGCCCAAGUGGGCGUCGAGGCGGUGGCCAAGGUCGUCACCAACGUCAUUCCAGCGGUCUACGAGAUGCAGAUAUGCUCCUUCUAUACGGCGCUUCCACCGAAGGAUGGCAAGCCAAAAUCAUCGAUAUGGUACCUAAAGAACAUUUAUCGGUUCUUUAAGAAGCUGGUCGUAAAUAAUCCAAAGUGCCUCAAGCUCUUGGUGACCCAGGCAACGGAACUGAUCAAACCAUAUUCCGAACAAAUCGAGGAAUUGGAAUGCCUGCAGGAGAAAGACUACAUCUUGUAGAAAGGAUAUACACACGUGGACAUAUAUGUAUAUGUAUAAAUAUAUCCCAAAUUGCAAUAUAUCGAAAGCAUUUGCAUGCAAAAAUAUCAAUCAGA